GGGUUGAGGGAGGGUGGGUGCGUUCCCGCAGCAACAGGGAAGAUGGCAGCUCCUACAUCUCUCACCCAGUUGUCAAGCGGGAACCCUGUUUAUGAGAACUUUUACAGACAGGUGGAUCCAGGGAAUACAGGGAGAGUAGGACCAACAGAAGCUGCCUUGUUCCUUAAGAAGUCCGAACUGCCUGAUGUUACACUGGGAAAGAUUUGGGAUUUGGCAGAUCCUGAUGGAAAAGGCUAUCUGGACAAACAGGGGUUUUAUGUUGCUCUGCGGCUGGUGGCAUGUGCUCAGAGUGGACAGGAAGUCAGUCUGUCCAGCCUCAACCCCACUAUCCCUCCUCCCAAGUUUAAGGACACCAGUAGUCCGUCUAUGAGCAACACAGCUUCUGCCUCCUCUGAAUUACAUUGGGCUGUCAGGCCAGAGGAGAAGAGUAAAUUUGAUGGAAUCUUUGAAAGUUUGGCUCCAGUUAAUGGCCUGCUGUCAGGAGAGAAAGUCAAACCAGUCCUCAUCAACUCCAAACUACCUCUGGAUGUCCUUGGGAAGGUUUGGGACCUGAGUGACAUAGAUAAAGAUGGCCAUCUGGACAAAGAUGAGUUUGCAGUGGCUAUGCACCUUGUGUACCGUGCACUGGAGAAGGAGCCUGUUCCUGCACUCCUCCCUUCUUCCCUCAUCCCUCUAUGUAAGAGGAAGAAGAGUCUGGGCUCAGUCGCCAGUUCUGUUCCUGGACUACCUUCCAGCCCUCCACCACCAAAAGAUUCACUACGCUCCACACCCUCUCAUGGCAGCAUGAACUCACUCAACAGCACUGGCAGCCUGUCACCCAAACACACACUCAAGUCUGGACAGCAUUUGGUGAACUGGGUGGUGCCAUUGGCAGAUGGUGGUCGCUAUGACGAUAUCUUCCUGAAGACUGAUGCUGACUUGGAUGGUUUUGUCAGUGGACUGGAAGUAAAGGACAUCUUCAUGCAUUCUGGACUUUCUCAGAAUGUCCUUGCCCAUAUAUGGGCUUUGGCAGACACAAGGCAGAUGGGCAAGCUGACCAGGGAACAGUUUGCGCUUGCUAUGCAUUUCAUCCAGCAGAAAGUCAGCAAGGGCAUAGACCCUCCACAGACCCUGACUGCGGAAAUGAUACCUCCCUCUGAGAGAGGCACUCCAGUACCAAGUAUGUCAGGAUACAUGACCCCAGUGGGAUCAGAGAUGGCUGCGCUCUCUGAUAUGAGAAGGGACAGCUCCAGCUCAGUUGGAUCAGGGGAGUUCACAGGCAUCAAGGAGUUGGAUGACAUCAGCCAGGAAAUAACCCAGUUGCAGAGGGAGAAGUACAACCUUGAACAGGACAUCAGGGAGACAGAGGAGGCCAUCAGAUAUAAGAGUACAGAGGUGCAGGAGAUGCAAAAUGACCUGGACAGAGAGACAGCCAGCAUGCAAGAGCUUGAUGCUCAGAAACAAGACGCCCAAGAACGCCUGGAGGAGAUGGACCAGCAGAAACAUAAAUUAGAAGACAUGCUGAACGAAGUCCGAAUGAAGUGCCAGGAAGAGUCUCAGAUGAUCUCCUCGCUCCAGAGUCAGAUCCACUCCCAGGAAUCAGACUUACAGAGCCAGGAGGAAGAACUGAGCCGGGCAAAGGCAGACUUAGGCCGAUUGCAACAGGAGGAGAUACAGCUGGAGCAAAGCCUGGCUGCUGGUAAGAUCCAGCUGGAGACCAUCAUCAAGUCCCUUAAGGCCACACAGGAUGAGAUCAACCAGGCUCGCAGUAAAUUGUCACAGAUCCAGGACAGCCAACAGGAGGUGUCUAAAAGCAUCGAGCAGUACAACAGCAGCUUGAAUGGAACCCAUGGAGGCAGUAUGACUAACCUGGCAGACAUGAGUGAGGGCUUCAGUGACAGAGAAAAUGGAGGAUUCCCAGCCAUGGUGAGAGCAGCACAGGAGGAUCCUUUCAAAGUGAAGCCAUCCGUGUUCAACAGCCAGCCUCAGGAGCUUCCCACUGACCCCUUCCACUCUGAAGACCCCUUCAUAACAGACCCAUUUAAAGGUGACCCUUUCCAAAAUGACCCUUUUGCAAAGCAGCCACCAACGUCCACAGAUCCAUUUGGAGGGGACCCGUUCAAAGAGACAGAUCCAUUCAAAACGUCAUCAGAAGAUUUUUUCAAGAAGACCACAAAGAUCGACCCCUUCUCCACAACAGACCCCUUCAAUAAAAGUGCCACAUUACCUUCAAAGGUACUUGUCAAUCAAAAUCAAGCCAGUCACUUCACAAGCAAUGACCCAUUCUCAUCAAGUAACCCAAAGCCCAGAGGAGCUGACCUAUUUGGCGCAUUGGACCCGUUUGGCAGCAGUUCAUUCAGCAGCAGCAGUAACAGCUCAGCUGGAUUUGCAGACUUCAGCCAUAUGUCGAAGCCCAGAGACCCUUUUGAAGGCAGAGCCAGCUGGCUGCCAGACUACCAGAAGUCAGUGUUUGUGGACGACCCCUUCAACAGGAAGAGUGACACACCAGCUUUGCCACCAAAGAAAAGUGUUCCCCCAAGACCCAAACCCCCUAGUGGUAAGAGCACACCAGUGAGCAUGUCUGGCACAGCCGACCCUUCCAAACCGGGUGACCCCUUCCAGCCGUUUGGCAGCGACAUCAUUGAUCCAUUUCAGAGUAAAAAGGGCUUAGGAGACCCCUUCAGUGGCAAAGACCCUUUUGCUCCAUCCUCAUCAAGUAAAGCCCCUAAAGAUUCUACCUCUGGUUUUACAGACUUCAGUUCUGACCUGAAAAAGUUAAGUUUGGGAAUGAGGCUCAGCAGUUGGAGUGGGCUAAGAGAGAGAGUGAGCGAGCAGAGCGCGAGCGGCUGAAGAGGCUCAGACAGCAGGAGCAGGAGGACCUGGAGCUGGCCAUCGCCCUCAGCAAGGCAGAGAUGUCCAACGCAUGACCCCCCCACACAUAGACAGACAGUGCGUAGACAGGCUAAAAAAGAGACAACAUGACUGACAUCUACAUGACUGCCCCCACUAUUUACAUUCUCAAUAAAUGAGGAGCAGAAAGAUGCAGAAAAACCUCCUGGGCAAGUCUUGCCACUGACCCUAAGUUAAAAAAAAAGAGAAGACAAUUCGACUGUGGGCCCGAGAAUCAUCACUGCAAAACCCCUGCUGACAUGAAUAGACAGAAUACUGGAGGAGGAGCAGGCACUGUCUAUAAGCACUAUGAUGGCUUGACACUGUUGGAUCCACUCACUGGUCUGAGCAGAUAGGAAAAGCAUACCCAACAAAUCACAUUGGCAGUUUGCAUUUGUGCAUUCGUGGUUUUUCUUCUCCACCUUCUCUCACAGUGGUGGAAAAUAUGUUAAACAGGCUCACAAUACUUCUGCUUCCGUUCUUACAAGCAGCAGUGAAGAAAAAUCACAGCACAAUUCUUACUGCCAUGGUUCAGAGGAUUUCUUUCCGGAUGUGUUUGUGUGACAUGGACAUAUCACUGAUUCUCACUUAGUAUUCAGUGUUGGGUUGUUUUGCUGGUAUGAACUGCUAUAGAAUGAUGUAUUGCAAAAGUAUAAGUGAAUAUAUAGGCAUAUGGAGAAGACUGAAUCUGGAUUUUCACUCCUCAGGAUUAAGGAUUUUCACCUCAGUUCAGUUUGCACUCCCUGUUUUUCCCUCAGGAAACACUCACUGAUCCAGACUCAGUUGAGUUUUAUUAGUUGACUUCUUUUCACUCCAGUACAUGCUAAAGCAGGCAAAUUGAAAUUGAAAAUAAUCUUCUCAUCUGUCUCUGGGUACAAUGAAGCAUAUUUCUCAGAAUAUUGAGUUUCCUCCUAUUUUGAUCCCACACCAGGGGUCAUUAGUGUCUGAGAAUCUGGCCCUGUGUCCACACCCGCCGCUUCUUUCUUCCAGGUCAGACUUAGUCAUUGAUAACAUUAUUAACCAGCAAUAGAGGGAUAUGUUCACAUUUCACGUUAGUGAAAUUAUUGGAGCAAAAAAAACUGAUACAUCCAUUAUACAGAUUCCCUCUAAUAUCCCUGGUACCUGGCAGGUUGAAGUAACAGUUCUAAUGAUUGACAGUGAGAAAUUGUACAGAUAUAUUUUCUUUGUCUAGGAGUGUGAGAUAGUUUGUGGAGAAUUUUAUGUGAUGAUCUUGGGAACUCUCUCCCCUACUGUCAAAGUGUAUAUAGACCAACAGAGCUAACUAUGCUUCUACUCUAAUUCUGCUGUGACAUACACCACAUUCAACAAAGGCAACAUGAGGGACUUAUUUUUUCUACAUUUUACCUGUUUUAUAGAGAGUAAGGGAUUUUAACAGAGGGUUUAUUUCUUAUUAUUCUGUUGACAUAAUUUGCUGUUGAGUUGAAGUCACUCUAGAGCUAUUUUGAGUGUUUGUAAAAGUCUUUAAGUGGCUGACAUCAGGUUUCAUUAGGCUGGAAACUGGAAAUAUGUGAAAAGGUUUGUGACGUAUCAUAGCUUAGUGUUCUAACAUGGACUGAGCCACUCACCUUGUUUUGAUGUGAGCUACUUGAAGCAAAAUCUGAUGUUUGAGUGAGACACUGACUUUCUAUUUCACUCAGAGCCGCUGUGUUGUAGUUACAUGUCGUGUUUUAUAUAUGUGUCUGUAUUCUGUGUGUCCAUGAUCAAUCACACUCUUACUGUUUUGCCAUGUGCAUGUCCUGCAGUCAGGUCCUCCUCAGAGCCCACAUGUUCUCCCCAUCGCCACUUUAGGGGAUGAUUUUUUUAGUUAAACUUGUUUGUCAUGGGAAGAAAAGUCUUUCAUUACCAAAUUGAAACAACUGCAGCAGGAGCAUUACACAAUGCUGAAUAUCUCCUCAUAGAACCUGAACAUUUCAGUCAUUCAGUCGUUCCUAGAAGUUACCUGAAGAAUUCUGAAAAUACAAAGUCCUCUUAACAACUUGGAAGUUUUUUUGAAGUGAAUAUAAAUUAGGAGAUUGUUUUCUUCAGUACAAUCUCAUAUAGUGUUCAGACACUAUAUAAAUUCCCGUUUGCCAGGAUAAAAAAAAACCUGUGUCAUGAUUUGAUUUCUAUUGUUUGAUUCAACCCAAACCUCAGUUAAUCCAGUUUUUCGUAUUGACCUGUCUGAUUUGCAUGUGCUUUUAUGAUGUUUGGCCAUUACAAGAGUAGCUUAUAUUUUCAGAAUUUUUCCCAUAACGAAUUUAUGUUUUACAAAAAUGUCUAUGUUCCUUAAAAUUAGAUGUGAUGCCUAAUAUGAUGGUCCUGGGUCAGGGCUUGCUCUUUGUGAAAUGGCAAAAAGCUGAAUCUUUGGUAGAACCAAGAUAGAAUGUAAAUUCAGUCCAUUGUAUUGGGGUAAAGCAAUCUGUGACGAAGGCUUUGCACUGACUGGUACAAGUUAUAUCUGCUUCUCCAAUCACCACAUUGAGGAGUGCAAUACCAAGACUGAUAUACUGAACACAUUGCCCCCCCCCCCCCCAUUAUACAUGUCUGUAACAAUGUGUCUGCUGGGAACGCAUAAUGUGAAUUCACCCACAUUGGAGUUGAAUGCUGGUCAAGUUGAAGUUGAUGUGCAGCCACUGGUUCUGCCAAAGUGGGAACUGCCUCUCCCUGCCAUUUCCUUUGUCAUGUUUACAUAUCAUUAAUAUUUACUUUGCUUUAGCUGUUACAAACUUCCUGUAGAGGAAGAGUGACCCUGGUAUUAAAUAAGCCUCUCUAUCUAAGCUGUAUACAGCUAACACCUCUGUUGGCCUUCCAUCUACUGCUGAGUCAAGGCAUGUGCUAGCUUUUCAAAUGCUUGCCAUGCUCCUGCCACACGGCUGUGGAAAGGUCACUAUAUGAGCGACUAUGUUCAUAUAUCAUUGUCUGUUUUUUCUUUCUCACAGAAAGCAAAUUGUGCUGUUUGUAGUUUUUUUAUAGACUCACCUCCUGCUUUAUUCUUUUGUCCCUACUUAGGACUUAAAUGUUAAAAAAGUCUUUAGUGUUACAUUUCAUGAUGUGCUUGUAGUUUUUAGCUAAGUUAACCAUUAGUUUAAAAUGGAAUUUCAUUGCUAGCAAAGUGUUUUUUUAGUUACCUGAAGGGCCAUCAGCUUUUUCACAACAAUGUAACAGACAACUUGUGCAGCAAAAAUAACAAGACUGUCUUUAAGUGUCCAUUUAAAUAUCUUCAUAUGACAUCAGCCAGAUGUUUCAGCUGCCACAAGAAAGCUAACCAUUGAUGACACAUGUAAUCACCAAUCUAUCAUUUUCAAUAGAUUUGUGUUUUUCCCACAGAGUGUCCCACAGGGUGUCCCACAGGGUGCUCUAGGAGGACGUUUGGGCAACCUGAAAUUAUUUCUGUCAUUUAAAUAGAUCUGCUCCAUAUUGACAUUCUGUGGUCAUAAUUGUUUUUAAGCAUAGAAAGUGACAGUGGUCCUGUUGCCUUCAGUAGCUCUCAGUAUCGGGACAAAUUGCUGUGUUUUUCUGGAGCUUGUGUGAAGGUUGAUGGCUCGGGCUCAGUUGUGUAAAAUCCCUCAGAUGAAACUAGGAACUAUUUGAUCAAAGAGUAAUCUAAGACCCUGAUCAUAUAUCUGAUGAAAACUCUUCCUACUCGAAAGUUACUGCCAGUUUUCACAUCCAAACAGUCCUCAUACUUGAUACUGAGCCAUAGUGUGAUCUCUGACCCCCCUCUGUCCUUCAUGUGUUUCUGUCCUUGUCCCUCUGACCUCAGCCUUGUCUGCUUUGUGCUGCUUAGACUGGAGAGCUCCAUAGUGGUACCCUGAUCCAUACUGUGUUUUUCAUCCUACUCCUCCAUUGUGCAAUAGAUGAUGUUUAUUUUGGUUGUGUUGUGCAUCCUGCGAAAGCAGUCUGAUGAUUUUAUACGUAGCAUAUGUUUUUAAUGUGUUUUAUUUAUGUACCUUCCACCCCCCCAUCCCCCAACUUGCUGAUUUCAUCCUACUAAAGCAGCACAAUCUAAAAACCUUUCAUUAUAGAAUGUAAUAUUAACAAAUGCAACACUCAGUAUUUUGAAAUGAACAACAAAAUUAUUAUUUAAAACAAUCCAUAUUUAUAUAGUGACAGCUGAAACAUCACUAUUUACAACUAAAUUCCUUAGUUAUAGUCUUAUAUAGUUUUAUUUCUCUUCUUAAGAAGUGGAUAUUUCAUAUUUUGUCUUUACUGACAGGCUGAUGGAUACCAGUGAGCUGCCUAAAUUUUUUUAUUUAAUUUCAUCCCCCCCUCUCCCUCACACAGGUAAAAUAAUCGGAGCUGUCUUUAUUAAGAUGGAUACAGUGUGUAUACAGUCUGUAUAGUAUCAUGUCUAUUAUAUUUGUCCCAUAAAAAGUGAAGAAGAAGAAAAAGUAAACUUGACAAGGAACCAUUUGGGAGGUUGCCUACAGUUACACUUAUUGCUGAGAGAAUUAUUUUUGAACAGUGAUCCUCUCUACAUGGUCUGUACUGUUUACUAGAAUAAACGUUUCAGUUUAAUGAGAA